AUGAAUGAGAGAAAAAGCAGCCAAGGUACUUCAUUUUCUGAUGAAUUAAAUGAGAAACAACAACCUCAAUGUUGUUUGAGAUGGGAAAGAUAUUCAUAUGCACCACAACGUCCUCGAGGCACUUCGAUUAUUCUGAAAGACGAUGAGAAUGCUCGUAACUGGUCUCCUGUUAUCAAAUAUGCUAUUUCCAUUUCGGUUUUAUACACAGCAUUUGCAGCAACUUUUGGGAAUUCAACCUACACGGGAGGUAUGCCAGGUGUCGUUACAUCGUUCGGAAUUUCAAAAACAAUAGCCACUAUUCCGAUAUCAUGUUACUCUGCGGGCCUUGGUAUCGGGGCAUUAUUUUCAACGGCAUUUUCUGAAGUUUUCGGUAGGCGAAUAGUAUACAGAGUUACUGCACCUCUAGCAUUGAUCUUUACUCUUUCGGGAGGAUGUGCCACAAACUUUGCCACGAUUGCCAUCGCCCGAACACUCGCUGGUCUUUUUGCAUCUCCUUGUCUGACAGUCGGUGGAGGAAUCAUUAGUGAUGUAUGGAAUAUCAGUCUCGAGAAAACUGGAACUACAUUUGCUGCUUUGUUCGUACUGUUUGUAGUUGGUGGUACCCAGACCGGGCCCAUGGUCAGUGCAGCGAUAAUAACAAAUCAUUCCUGGCGAUGGGAAUUCUGGGUGUCGGCUAUACUUUUCAGCGGCUCUACAAUUUUCGCCUAUUUACUUCCCGAAACUUAUCAACCACAGAUACUGCGCCGCCGAGCAGAAGCAAGAAUGGGUCUCAUAACUACCAGGGCAACACUUGCAAGACUUGUCCUUACCUCACUCGGAAGACCUUUACACAUGUUACUCGUCGAACCUACAGUCUUUUCAACCGGUCUCGUUAUGGCAAUAACACAAUCUGUGGUCCUUUCCUACCUCGUAUCAUAUGCUAACUUGUUUGAGAAAAUCUACCAACACUCACCAUAUGAAGUCGGAAUGGCAUUUUGUCCUUUGAUAAUUGGAAGUGUGACUGCACUUCCGACGAUUGCCAUCUUUGAUCGACUAUUUUAUCGAAAACCACGAAAUGAAGCAAUCCGAACUGGGACCAAGGUUGCACCAGAGAAACGAUUAUAUCCAGCCAUGUUGGGGUCUAUCACAUUUCCUAUGUCUUAUUUUGGCAAGAAGAUGACUUUAUUCCAUUUAUCUUUUUGUAUUACUGACAACAUGAUUAGGCUCGCAUGGACAGGUCGCGCGGAUAUUCCUUCAAUUAUACCAACUCUAUCUGGCGGAAUAUUCGGUUUCUCAUUUGUUCUCACCAUGCUAUGUCUCCCAGUGUAUCAUAGCGACUUCUACACUGCUCACUAUAGUGCAUCAAUGUUAGCCGCCCUAACAUUCAUGCGCUUCUUUAUCUCGGCUUGUUUCCCUCUCAUAACACCAACGAUUCUCGACAAACUUGGCUUUACAUGGGCAACAUCGAUGCUGGGCUUUGUUACUGUAUCUUUGAUACCAAUUCCUUGGAUCCUGUAUAGGUUCGGUCCUUACUUGAGAACUAAAAGUCAAUACAUACAAGCAUAAUUGAAGACCAUGGGCAUCCUGGUGGCAUCUCGACCAAUUUUCAUUCAUAUAUAUAAGCGGACUGGUGGAUUUACUUGCUUCGAGAUCAUAAUUAAUAAUAGUG